CCCCUCCCCCAGAGAGAGAGAGAGAGAGCCUUCCUCCUCCUUCUCGGCGGAGGCUGGAGCCCAGGGCCCCGGGGCAGGGGCGGGAUGGGGAGCCUGAGCUGAUGGAGGAAGAGGAGGAGGAGCUGCGCCAGCCCUGAGCCCCUUCGCCGCCCGGGAAGCGCCCAGCCAGGGCAGCAGCAGCAGCAGCCAGCCAGCCAGGCAGGGAGCGAGCGAAGGCGGGAGGGCGAGGGCUGCUUGGGCCCCUUCCCCCGCCGAUGCGGGCCCUCCGGGGCUGGCCCCUGGGGAGUCGGGGGCCCCUGGAGCGCCCCCCUGCCUAGCCCCCGCCCGCCUCCUCCUCCCCGGAGCCCCUUCCCUGCCUCCCUGCCGCCGGGGGGAUGGGGGCCCAUCCCUGGGCGCUGCUGCUGGCCAUGUCGGCUUCCUUUUUCAACCCCAGCUUUGCCUUCAGUUCGCACUUCGAUCCCGAUGGCACUCCGCUGAGUGAGCUCUCCUGGUCCUCCUCUCUGGUGGUUGUGGCAGUUUCCUUCUCUGGCCUCUUCACCUUCAUCUUCCUCAUGUUGGCCUGUCUGUGCUGCAAGAAGGGGGGCAUUGGCUUCAAGAGCUGGAGAAGCGAAUCCCGGGAGAAGAGGCUGAGGAUGGUUUUGAGGUGUCUGCCUUGCACGGGGGCCAGCACAGUGCCCAAAACAACCUGUAAUGUAGAACUGGGGAACCCUGGGCAGCCCUCCCCCUGCCCCCUGACCAAGGAAUUUGAUAAUGCUGAGGGAGAGGAAUAUGCUAGUGAAUUUUCAGCGCAGGGGUCACCAGCCACACAGAAUGGCCCUGAAGUUUACAUCCUGCCUCUCACUGAAGUCUCCUUGCCAAUGUCUAGGCAACCCGGGCGCUCAGUUCAGCUGCUCAAGUCCACCGACCUGGGACGCCACAGCCUGCUGUAUCUCAAGGAAAUUGGCCAUGGAUGGUUUGGCAAGGUGUUCCUCGGUGAGGUGAAUGCAGGGCUGAGCAGCACUCAAGUGGUAGUGAAAGAGCUCAAGGCUAGUGCUAGUGUGCAAGAUCAGAUGCAGUUCCUUGAAGAGGCCCAGCCAUACAGAGCACUCCAGCACACCAAUCUCCUGCAGUGCCUGGCCCAGUGUGCAGAAGUGACACCUUAUCUGCUGGUGAUGGAGUUUUGCCCACUGGGUGACCUGAAGGGCUAUCUCCGGAGCUGCCAUGCAGCCGAAGCACUAGCACCUGACCCUCUGACGUUGCAACGCAUGGCUUGCGAGGUGUCCUGUGGCUUGCUACACCUUCACCGCAACAACUAUGUACACAGUGACCUGGCACUGCGGAACUGCUUACUCACAGCUGAUCUGACUGUCAAAAUUGGCGACUAUGGCCUGUCCCACUGCAAAUACAAAGAUGACUACUUUGUGACAUCGGACCAACUGUGGGUACCAUUGCGCUGGGUGGCACCUGAGCUCAUUGAUGAGGUACACGGAAACCUGCUUAUUGUCGACCAGACCAAGACCAGCAAUAUCUGGUCUCUAGGUGUGACUAUCUGGGAGCUCUUUGAGUUGGGUGGGCAGCCCUACUGCCACUACUCAGACCGACAGGUGCUCACCUAUGCCAUUAAGGAGCAGCAACUGAAACUCCCCAAACCACAGCUCCCACUCUCACUGUCUGACCGCUGGUAUGAGGUGAUGCAGUUCUGCUGGCUGCAACCAGAUCAGCGUCCCACUGCUGAGGAGGUGCAUCUCCUGCUCUCAUACUUGUGUGCCAAGGGUGCCUCAGAAGCUGAGGAAGAGUUUGAACGACGCUGGAAUUCCAUGAAACCUGGGGGUAGUGGGGGUGGCUCAGGCUCAGGUUCAAGCCACAUGGGCAUUGAGCUUUCAUCCUUCCCCCUCCUAGAGCAUUUCUCCAAUGAUGGUGAUGAUGUCCUGACAGUCAUGGAGACAAGUCAUGGUCUCAACUUUGAGUACAAGUGGGACCAAGGCAAAGCCGAACAUCUGCCAGCCUCAGCUAUGAGCCCCCGGGGCGCUGCCCGCUACCAUGAGCUCUACUAUUCGGCCAGUGGCAGCAGUGGAGGUGGUGGUGGGCACCUCAGCUUGGGGGUCUCACCCUCCUGUUAUGAGUGCAAAGUGCAAGGCUGUCCAGGCCUGCACACGCCAAGCGUAGUGCCUGUGCUAAGCGCCCACAGCCCCUCCCUUAACAGUGAGUACUACAUUCGCAUUGAAGAGGCUGCCUCCGAUGGCAGUGGGACUGACCUCGAUUAUACCAUGUGUUCCUACAGCCCAGAGUUUGGCCGUUCUUCUUGCUGGCAAAACAAGGAAGGCCAGUGUGAUUCCAACAGUAGUCCCACUGUCUCACUCACCAUGGAACCCCUUCUGGGCCACUCAGCACAUGCCGACAGCCACUGGGAGCCCCCUGACUAUUACUCCUAUGGAGGACCAGGGGACAAGGAGGUCCCAUAUUAUGAGGCCUCUCCAAAGGACUGUACUGAGAACUACCUGCUAAAGAAAACCAGUGCCACUGAGUGGCCUAUCCCAUCUUUGCAGAAAAGCAUCUUUGCAGACCCACUGGGUGUCUCUCCCUCGGUGACCUACAUUUACAAGGAGACUGUUUCAGACUCAGUAGCUUUGGAAAUUGGGGAAAGGGAGUGUGAGGAGCUGGAGGAGGAGGAGGAAGAGGAGGAGGAGAGUUCCAGUGAUAGCCCCAGGAGCAGAAGGGAUGAGAAUGAUGAAUCCCCUUCCUCCAGCAAGCCUUGGACAUCCAACACCUCAGCCAACAACAACAGCAGCCACUUACAGACCCCGUGUGAACCACCAGCCAAUGAUAGCUGGUGCUAUCGACACAUGAUCACUUUCCAGGGGUUGAUGGCUGAGCCACUGUGCACAGUGACACGAGAGGAGCAGACACUAGGAAUCAAGGGCCUGCGAGCAGCUCUGCUGGGUGGAGAGCAUGUGACAUCACCUCACACAGACUCCCCUUGUCAAGACAUUGCUUUGCCUACAGAGGGAAAAAUAUCAGCCCAGGUUGCCAGUGAAGAGAUGGGUGUAGAGGACUCAGUAGAGGAUCUGUUGAUGGAAGAUGAAGUGGAAAGCCAGCAGGUCAGCACUCCAUCAUCACAGGAAAAAGAUCUGGUGGCAGUAACAUCACCAUCACCAUCCACAUCAGAUCCUGCUCACAGUUUGGUUGCUGGGGAUACCGCUUUGCCAGAAGAGUUAAUAGCUGAGGGGCCAGGAGUUAGAGAAGACCCAAUUGUUGUAGAAGAGGCCUCAGCUGACUCUUCACCUAAGGUGCUACAGGAGAUCAAUCUAGAGAGCAGUAGGUAUACCAACAGUGAACAGGAGAGAACACCAGACAAGACUGUUUCAAGCACUAGCUUCCCUGACUUAGAUGAGGCCAGUGACGACGAUGAUACGGCUGAGCUUACUUCUGGAGUCUUCACUGACUUCCCAGUUGACUGUAUUGAGCGGCAGGAUGUAAUGCCCACCUUCAAGUCUUUACAGAAGCAGGUGGGGACCCCUGACUCCUUGGAGUCAUUGGACAUGCCCUCUACCACCAGCUCCUGUGAGGCAUUCAGUCCUACAGCCUAUGUGCCCUCAAGCCAACCAAAGGCCCUGGACAGUGGCUAUGAUACAGAGAACUAUGAGUCGCCUGAAUUUGUCCUUAAGGAGCCUCAUGAGCCACGAGAGCCUGAAUCUUUUUCUCAGCUAGGGAAAUCCCAGGAUGACAGGGAGGAGGGGCAAGCCAAAGAGCUAAGCCUCUCUGAUUCUUUUAGCACUGAGCUGAAGGGCCUGGAUGAGAAGAACCCUUACCGUGACUCAGCGUACUUCUCUGACUAUGAUGCUGAGGGGGGAACUCGGGAGGAUGAGGAGGAAGGGGACAGUGAUGGUUCUGAAGUGCAUGAGCCAGAGGUCUCUCAGACACACAUUGAAGGACUGGGUAAGGAUUGCCUUGACGAGAAUGGCCCUGCAAGUGAUACUCUGUCUCCUUCUCCUGAGCCCACUUGCCCAGGUGGAGACGGCAUGGGUUGCAUAUCUCUAGUUAUUGAGGAACCGGGUAUGAAGGAAGUCACUGGUUCCAGUUUGUCACAAGAGGUGCUGGCAAAUGGAAUGGCUGUGGUAGGGCUGGACUCAAACCUGCCGAGAUGUAAAGCUGAGGGGACUGUUGCUGUGCCCCAGACAUUGGCCUUUGCCACCAGGUCCUUUUUCUUGUCACCUGUGAUUGUGGAUCUAGAGGUGCCUACUGUGGUAGAUGAGGGGAGAGAUAGGAGAGAAGGGGAGGCAAAUCUGGAAAGUGCCUCAAAGGAAAUGGAGCAGCUUGGGGACAAGGCACGGGACCUAAGCCACCAGGAAGAGCUCCAGAGCAGCUCUGGGCUCUCACUGGACCUGUCAGUCACCCCAUCUCGGCCUUCGGCUGACCUGGAAGAAGAGGAGGAUGACACGGAGGACAGUGAUGAGUCUGAUGAGGAGCUGCGGUGCUACAACAUCCAGGAUCAGAGUGAGGACAGUGAAGAAGACUCAUCCACUGUGCCCAUUGUGGUUGCUGAAAGCCACAGUGCCCGCAACCUGCGUAGCCUGCUGAAGAUGCCUAGCCUGCUAGUGGAGACCUUCUGUGAUGAUCUUGAACGCAAGAAGAAGGCUGUCUCCUUCACAGAAGAUGUCACUGUCUACCUCUUUGACCAGGAAAGCCCCACGAAGGAACUUGCCGAGCAGCCUUUCCCAGGGGCAGUGGAGCCUCCCUUGGCAUCAGUUCCUGCACAGAAGGAGAGCAAUGGUUCCCUCACCCCAGUAAAUGGAACAGCAAAUACGCCCAACAGCAGCUUUUCCUCCUCCUCAGAAGGGAGCAUCUCUGAAGAGAGUACAGCUGGUGGUUUUCAGUGGGAAGAUGACUUCUCGCUCAUGUCGGUGAAACCAUCUGUCAUGUCAUCGCUGACAUCGGUGGCACCCGAGCCUGCCCUCUCUGGAUUGCCACCUACACUUCUGCCAGCUCAGAAGCAGGUGCUUCCCAUCCAGUUUUCACGCUUCACUGUCUCACCUGCCCCAGCAUCACGGUUCUCCAUCACACAUGUCACUGACUCAGAUGUUGAAUCUGUAGCAGGCAGGAGUGGAAAUGGUGACAGAGAGUGAGCUUGGCCACAUAUUUCCUUUAGGACUUCUCAUCUUGCCCCCCCUCCCCCAGCAUUGGUUUCUGCACUGGGGCAAAGGAGUAAGGACAGAGGCCCAGAACCUGGGUGAAGCAGAAGAACUCUGUGGGGCCUCUAGCUCUUAUUUUUUUAAGAGGCACAUUUUAUUGGACAGAUCUUGACUGCUGCUAGGCUGGAGCUGCCCCACCCUGCAGUGGCGAGGCAGUUUGCGAUGAGUAUGUGGGUGUGUGUGUGUGAGUGAGAGAGAGAGAGAGUGUGUGUCUGUGUGCAUAUGUACAGAUAGACAUAUAAAACCUGUAUAGCAUUUAAAAGGUAGAUCUUUGACCUCGCUAAUAUUGCUGCCCCUCCACCCAAGCCAUUUUUGAUACCCGUUGUCUCUGUAGCUCAUGACUCUUGAUGUUUCACAUUAGCUUCCCAAGUUGAGACAUCGCCUUGAGACACACCACCUCCUGCCUAUUGUGUAAAAUUGCCACAUGUAUUUUCCAAACCGAGAUUAGGAUGGAUGGAGAGAAAAAUAUAAUUUCAGAGAGGGAACACCCAGCCUUGUACCUUGUGCCAUUCAGAAAUGCUUCAGUUUGUUCCUUAGGCACUGGCAUUCCUUUCCUGCCUGCAUUCAACAUGCCAUAUCAAGAGAUCUGGUGGAGCCACUGGGUUGUGGGCUGCUCAGCAAAGAAGAAGAGAGGCAGGCACCCAGAUGAGAGAAUGGUAGGCCAUUUGUCAGGGGAACUUUGGGGUGCUGGCCAGUGUCGGAUACUGUUUUAACUGGAGGUGGUGGGACUGUAUACCGAUUUCUCUCUUUUUAGUCUGGCCCUUCCAUAUAAACAUGGUUGUUAAUGCCUGCCUCUUGCCAUUUGCCUAGCUGUAACACAGUUGGGGAAUUUGCCAUUUGAAGUUGUUCCAUUCAUUUUGUGGGCCUUGUUCCCUGGUCCUGGUUAUUCAGCUGCAAUAAAUGCCACCGCUCCCACAUUAUGGCCAGAAUCGUUCAGAGCAGCACAGCAGCUGUGCCUUAAUGGACUUUCCCGCCCCCAGCAUGUCCCACUUUCUCAACCCCAUCCUUGAGGAACGUAACAUUUUUCUAGACUUGCCUUUUUCUAGAGGUUGCAGGGGCAGGAAGGAAAAUGGAAAUGUAAAGAAAUACUAGGCAAGGUUGCCUAACUGGCUUAUUAGCUGAGAGGGACUGUGUGGUGCUGAGAUUCACUUAUGCCCCCUCCCCAGUUCCCCCUCCCCACUGUCUUCCCAUUUACAGUAUUAUUUAGGCAGAGCCCUUCCUGGAGAGUCAAGGAGUGUGCCACUUGCAGGAGGCAGGGUGGGAAUGGUAUUAGUCGGCCAAGCCUUAUGGUGUGGGGAGAGACUCCAGUGUCCCUCUGUGACUCCUAGAGUAAUUUAUAUGCAGGAGAAGAUGUGUAGCAAAAGCAGGUCAAACUGCCACUGGGACUAUUUUUGUAUAAAAUUUACUCACCGCUAUAUCACCUGCCCUAAUAGAGUGGUGGAUUUAAGUUGUUGUUGCCAAAGAGAUGUAAAGAGUUAACACUUUUAUCAUGGCGUCUUGGGGGGGGGGGGGGGGAGGAGGAAUAAGAUGUGAUGGGGGAGAUUUUGAUUUAUUUUUUUUAAUUCUUAAAAAUUUGAUCAGUUUUAAGGCUUAGGAUAAUUGUGCAAUUUCAAUUAGGAAAACAAAACAGAAAAGGCUGAGAGGAGAAUUACACUCAGGGGUUUUAGCCUUUUGAGGCUAUAGACCAAAACAUACUGACUUUAGAAUUCAAGGAGCAGAGAGAAAGUUGGGCCAUUUCCUGAUGGGGUUAGAGAACUGUCUCAGCAUGAGCUUAAGCAGCAGCAAAACAUCCGUUAACUUUCUUUUUUAUUGUACUCUCACUUUGGUGAUUGUUUUUCUCCUCAGUGUAGGUUCAUGGCCACCAGGAGCAUAAUUAUGCACUUUAAUAUAUACAUGUGCACACGCACAUCUGCAUGUACUCUUACUAGGCAUUUUCAUAAAAUGGUGCUCUCAGUUUACAGUGGUAAUGAUGGCAUUAAUACUUUCUUUUUUCUUGUCAUCUCCCACCACCACCACCACUUUUAGUCAACUCUUGGAGCUUUGCUGAGUAAAAGACUGCAUUCCUAAAGGCCAUGACCAUGCCUCAGUGGAUCUUAUUCCUGUGUAAAUAUUAAGAGUCAUGCUGGUUGCUUCUGAUGGUUCUUCAUUCUUCACAGCCUGGGCACUGGGUAGGAUGACAAGAAACAUUGGGACUAAGGGCAUUUUGAUUUACCUUUUGCCUUUUCCCUUCAGCCAGAAUAGUGUCUUAUGCAUUAUAUUCUUUGCUGUGUAUCAGUGAUUAACUCAGUUCUCUUGAGAUCUUCCCCCUCUUGCUGAAAGUAAACCAGGCUAUGCGGAUAUUCCCUUCAUGUGAGGGAGAACAUAUAUGUAUUCAGUCCAUUCUCUUUAGCCCCAUUAUUUAAGAAGGCAGAGUGAAAGGCAUGAGUGAAAUGAGUGUGCAGAUCCAGCUUUCUCCAUACAAGGGUUUUCGUUGCCUUCUGAGCAUGGCAGGCUCUCUUGGAAGCACAGCAGGAGGGGAAUUUUCUUCUGCUCAUGGAAGAUCUUGCUGUGAUUUGCAAAACUCACAGCUUUGAACUAUGGAGAGAGCCUCCAUGGGAAAGAAAAUGUCUCCCCUUGGAAAGCCCCUUACAUGUGAUGGAAGUGGCAACAGAGGGGGAAGGGGAAAGGAUGCUCUCCCUCCUUGUACAUUUACCCACUUAAAAUAUAAUGUCUGAAUGUUUUUUCCUUAGCCUAGGAUGCUACUUCUCCAACCCUUACUCUCCAUUAGCUGCUGCUUGCAACUGGCUUGCUGUUGCUGUUGCAGAAGACGAAUGCAAAUGGGGUAGUAAUGCCAUUCCUUGGAUUGCCUUACAUUUAUGCUGUUCUUUCCCACUGCUGUAACUCACUUGUCCAGAUGGUCUCUCCCAUGAUGCCUCUCUUUCAGGAUGGACCCCUUCAACCAGAGAUGUGUUUGGGGCUUAGGGCAAGUUCUGUGGAGUUGUACACUGGCUUCUUUUUGCAGCCAGCAGAUCUCUCCAGAGAGGCCACUAUGGCUGUUCAGUCUCAGGGGUAGCACUACCAGCCUCUCUCCUGCUGCACAAUUUGUUGCAGUGGGGGAGCAGAGCUGCCAGCUCUUUCAGGUAUAUUCAGAUUGUGUUACCUUGUUGAAGUGGCAGCAGCAGCAAAGGGCUUACUAGUGGUGGCAGUGAUUCCACCUGCCUCAUGGGAGGACUGGUCCUAGUAUUUCUUCACCACCAACAUGGUAACCAGGUAGCAGUGCUCUGGCUUCACUUUGCAUUACCCCAGUAAAGUAUUAAUCAUUUUCUUUAUGGCCAUCAAGGAAGUGUUUGUGAAGUUUACUUUUCUCACUUCAGUUUCUAUCAGCUGUAGUAUCCACAGUCAGGUAUUUGAAGUUUGAUUCUGCCAGAAUAGCUGAAUCAUUGAUGCCACCCACACAUGUGCCCUGUUUGUCACUGAAGGUGAGAGACAAAAGAGCAAGGAGAAAGCAUGGACUGGGGGGGGGGGAGGGACCCAGAAAAGUUGUAAUUGCGUCUCCAGUAUCUUUAAGGGCAACAUUUAUGCAUGAUUUCUAGCUGUUUACAGGUCAGAAUGACACUUUUCCUACUAUAUAGGACCCAGGAAACUUUCUUACAAAUCGGACAUGUUUUUUUCUGGCAGGAGCAGGAAGUUGUGAGCAUUUGGAAGGAUUGCCGUGGCAUUCAAUGAGGGAGUGGUCUCUUCCUUCCCCUUGUUGAGAAACAAAAGACCACUGCUUAUGAUGGGAGACUGGUGCACUUCACAUUUCUCCAUCUAGUUCUUCUGCAGUUUAGAGAUUUGCACCAGGAUUAACUGAAGUAGGCGACAGUUUUCAAACUGCACUCUGGAUUGGGAGGGGAGGCUGAAUGGACAAGUGGCAGUGUCUGUGGCCUCUUUGCAUGCGUAGGAAGGGGAAGGAAGAAGGGUCCAUGAGACAUAUUGUAAUCUCUCUUUCCAGUACUCAACUCUACAGGGAGAUGGUGGCUUCCCUAAUGACUUCUCAGUUAGAGUAGCAAGGAUCCGUGUUGCAGCCACUUAUAUGCACCAUACAUGCAAUUGAGUACUUGUGCUUCUGGCAACAGUAUUCACCUUCCAAUCUAACAGGGACUUGAAAAGCCACAGGAAUAGAUUACAAACAGAUUUGAAGCUUGUAAUGUCACCUAAAUUACUGGUGACCUAACAAGGUCAAGCUUUUAAGUGGCAGCUGCAUGAUUUCUUUUCCUCUGUUUCUAUGCUUUGUGGGUGUAAUUUCAUGUGAAUUGUAUUUGAGUUGCCCUGACUAAUCUCAUGUGAGUUACCCUGUUACAGUUGCCAACAUGGAUGCCAGCCAGCGCAGAGCUGGGAGCAACUAAUGGUUGAUGUGCAAGAACUGUAGGGAGAAGAUAGGAAUAAUCACUUGGUUUCUUUUCAUCUGCAUCUGUUUCUGGCUUAGAAAGCAUCUAGUGGUGGAGCAACUGUAAGUGGGCAAACUGGAGAGGCUCUUCUUUGGAGCUUCAGCUGACUUGGAUCACUAAAUUGCACAACCUUCUGUUCCAUCCCCAGCAUCUUUGCCAGCAUCUUAGUGCCUAGAAACAAGUUUUAGUAGCUGCUGCAUUCUUGCAGCCAUUUGCCUGAAGUCCUGUUGGGUAGUCCCAACUAAAGUAGCAUCAUUGAAUAAGUUGUUAAAUGGUUAGUCAACACAUAGGUAAAUUGAUUCAGUGGGUCACCUUUAGUGAAGGCUAAAAAUAGGAUUUAGGCCCUUUACUCACUCCAUUAAUAUGUUUUGCAGGUGUUGCAUAGAUCUACAAAUAACCCUUCCUUCUGUAGCAGGGUGCUAUGAGCACAUCAUUGUUCAGGGGCAGUUCCCACGGGUUAAGAAAAAGCUUGGUCCAUGCUUUGAAGUUUUGUUCUGGAAUCACUGUUCCUUAUCCAUUUUCUUUUGGCUAGGCACCUGUGCCACUCUUCCUUCAAAGCAUUUCUCUCCAGCCUUUCCCCUGUAUUUUCCGCCCUGUCUUUUGGGAAGUCACAAAAUAAGACCUUUUUGGAAGGAACAGAACACCAUUGUGCAUCAUUGUAGGUUACCUCAGGACUACUCUCCUUCCUGCUUUCAAGAAACAAAUGAUGGUGGGGGGAGAAAAAGACAUCUGCAAUGAUGUUUAAGGCAGCUGAAAUUCUAUCACACAUCUUAACUUCAGCAUAAAUUCAGUAUUAAUUGGAUGUACAUGUCACUUUAAAAGUGUUGAUUAAUUUUUUAAAAAAAGAUUUGUACGUACUCCCUUUUAAUCUAUAUGGAAAGUUAUUAAAAUAUUUGAAUAGUAGUAUUUUCAGGAAGACCACAUUUUAGUUCAAAGGUUAAACAUUAUAAACAGUUGAAAGGAAGUGCUUAGUUUCUUUGUCAUUCCCCAAUCCACAUGGCUAGUUUCGAUGGGACAGAGGACAAAGUACAUCGGCACAUAAAAUCCUGUAGGGAAAGUUUGUUGUUAUCCAUGCUGAACAAUAGCAGUGACUGAGUAACACUAAAAGUCCAUGGCCUGGAAGUACUCUUACAACACAAACCUGUGCAUGACUAUUCAGAUGUAAGCCCCACUGGUUUAUCGAUUACAUAUAGGAUUGUGUUGUUGUUGUUGUUGUUGUUAUUAUUAUUAUUAUUAUUAUUAUUAUUAUUAUUAUUUUAAAUUAUUUUAUUAUAGCACCAUCAUUGUACAUAAUGCUUUACAAGAAAAAGAACAAGAGAAAAGUUCCUUGCCAUCAGGCUUACAAUGUCAAGACUGACACACAAGGAAAAGGAACCAUUAGCAGAGAAAAUCCAGCAGAUGCUGCUUAUCUCGCUCUGAGGCUGGGCAGUGGCACUUGGGGUGUAGGGAGGGCAUUCCAUCUGCUUUUAGAUGUGGCAUGGUGGAAGACUGCACUCCUAUACAAACUUACCUGGAAGUAAAUUCCCUUAGUGCAGGUUGUACCAGAACAUCAACAUUGUUAUUCUGUAAAGUAAUUUAACUGAUUACUUUUCGAAAGCAGUUCAUUAGAGUUGUGGCUUCCAAAGCACUCCAUAGUUUCAAAGCAAAUUGUUAUAGGAGCACUAAAAGCCUGUAGUCUGAAAGUAGAAGUAACUAAUGUAGUUACUCUUGCUUAUUUAAAACACACACACACAUCUGAAGCCUACAAGUGCCUGGUUUGUGGGACAAAACACCCACCCUUUCUGCCUGUCUUGUUGCCUCAACACCUCAGCAGGGUGCAAGACAACAGCUUGAGCCAGCACUUUAACCAUUUAGCAAGGCUGCACCUCUAACUAUACAGUUAACUAAAUGGUUACCAUUACACCACAGGAGUGAAUUUAUC